AUGACAUAUUAUAAGUAUAUUAUAAUCAACACCAACAAUCUGAAGCUUAUUCUUGACAUCAGUGCUAUAAUCAGAUUAAACUAUUUCAGUCUAAUUAAUUUCCCAAAGCUGGUUCUAAAGGAGCAGAAGGAGAAGAAGAAGAAGAAAAAGAAGAAGAAAAAGAAAGAUAAAGAGAAUAAUAAUAAUAAUAAUAAUAACAAUAAUGAACUUGUUAUUUACACAGUUUCUCAAAAGAUCUACAAGGCUACUAACCAUAUGCAGAAGCUACAGGAAUCACAGAAUGUGAACUCAAUAGAUGAUGAGAAGUAA